CGUCCAAUUUCCCGUAAUUCUUAUUCCACCCGUGAACAAAAUAAAAAAAUCGGUUUCUGAUUCCAAUUUUUUAAAAUUUCUCGUCCAUUUCAUCCCUAUUCCGUGUUUGGAUGUGUUAGUCGGUUCGUACUUGAUCGCACUAUUUUUGGAAGGUCUGCCAUGGCAGUGAACUCUUGAGAUGUGUCGAAGUUGCGGUGCAGAGAGGCAGCCAAAGGAGAGAACACAACUUGAACUGCGCACUCAGAACCUCCCUUUUCGCUUCUAAAUUUCUGGAGAAGAGAGACGCUCUCUGCCACCUCGUUUUAACGGAAAACAUUGUCGCUUUGCUGACUGCUCCACUGAAUUAAUGUUGAAAUGGUUGAUAUUUGUCAGGUAUGCGGAGAUAGGGGUUUUGUUGAGGCUUUAAAUUAUUGUAAAAAGUGUCAGGCUUAUCCUGUCCAUCGCUAUUGCUUACCUACAUUGCCAGAAAUUCUUCAUGAGUAUGUUACUUGGUUUUGCGAAGAUUGUGAGGCAAUAAUGGUGCCAGUUAUAAAUUGUAAAGUUAAAUUUAAAAAGAAAAAGCUUGCCAAACGUCUGAAGAAGAAAAAGGUGAAAAAGAAGAAGAAUAAAGGUAUUGGCUCAAUGGCAAAAAUCGAGGCACAUAAAGGUCAAAGUUGUUCUCCUAUUCAACUACCUGAGGCGCAGUGCAGUGAGAAGAAUGAUGACAUGACACCUGGCAGGUCGGGAGAGCCUGUUCGAGAAGAUGGGCCGAAUCAUAGUGAAGCCACUACGUCUGCCAUGUCCAAUUUCUUAGGACACAACUGUUAUGUUGCACAGCCUAUAGUAGAGCCUGUCUGGAGGGGAAGUUUAAGAUUUUGGAACAAAAGUUUUGGCAGACUUUGUGUACUUGUUGCCCAUAUGUCUAGCUUAGCAUGCUCAAAAGUGUAUGAGGAGGCUAAAUUGUUACCUCAGUUACUUUCCGUUGAAUUACUUCGUAGAUGUGAUAUAUGGCCCAAAGGAUUUGAGAAAGUGGGGCCAACUGAUCAAAGUAUUGCCCUUUAUUUCUUUCCAGAAGGUGAAAGUAGCGAAAAGGCUUUUGAUCUUCUGGUCAAUUCAAUGAUGUGCAAGGAUCUAGCCAUGAAGGCUGUGCUGAAGAAUGCGGAGCUUUUAGUUUUUACUUCGUCCAUGUUACCGAUGCAGUACUGGAGAUUUCAAGCAAGGUACUAUUUGUGGGGCGUCUUUCGUGGAAGGCAAGCUUUGCAACAGAUAAAUAAUGUGGCUUCUACGGAGAAAACUUUUUCCGAGUCAUUACAUUGUAUGCAAAGCCCUGUUAGUUCUUUAAGAAACCCCAGUAUUCUUCAUUCUGUGCCACUACAUUCUACUGGCCCUCCUCUGUCGUGAUUUCUUUGGUUAACCAAAAUCAGUGGUCUGUCUUUAAGUGACUGUAGAUUCGAUCUCUCAUAUUGAUAUGGGGACUGACACUAAUCCAACUGUUGACCAAAACACAAUGUCGAAGAAUUCAGACUUGAUAUCAGAACGGUUAGAGCUGAAAGUUCUCUAAUAUUCAAAUUAGAAAUAGUUUUGGAAGAUCUGUA